CGAAAUGUCGGCUUAAAUGACGCAACGCAACACGCGUCGAUACGUCGUGAGUUUGAUAUCUCGUUUUACAUCCCGUUUCCUUCCGUUUAUCCUCUGAUGAGCUGUCAGCGAUUCAUCAAUCAAUAAACGCCCGACCAAUUAAACACCCUUUAAAAAACGCUUUCGGCGAGGAUCGUCGCGGUCUGGCGGUGCUUCGGAAAUGUCUAACGCGGAAGUCAUUGCUUCCCGGCUUUUGACGUUUAAUAAGAUGUAUAGUUAUGAAAAGCGACUGCAGACUUUUUCCGACUGGCCUUUUCGAGAAAACUGCCAAUGCACACCAGAGUUGAUGGCUAAGGCAGGUUUUGUGCACUGCCCUAAUGAGAAUGAGCCAGACGUAGCCUGCUGUUUCUACUGUCUUAAAGAGCUGGAGGGCUGGGAGCCAGAAGACAACCCCUGGUACGAACAUUCAAAGCGCUCCCCCGACUGUGCCUUUCUUCAUAUGAAUAAGACAUUUGAAGAGCUCACAGCCAUCGAGUACUUUCAGCUGGAACAGGAGCGACUUCGCAUCUACAUUAGGAAGAUGGGUCACAGGAAGAUCGCUUUAUUUCGCGAUGAGGUGGAGACCACUAUCAAAAAUCUGAAAGCUCUUAUUUGAUAUCUGGUGAUGUUAAAUUUGUUUUAAUCGUGCACCGUUUGUCAACUUGAACCAAUAAAAUAAAUGGUUUUGUUUUGGUAA